AUGUAUAAGGGAAAGAAACAGAUCGCGGAAGCCCCCGAAAAUAUCAAAGUAGAAGACCAGUCCAGCUGUGCCCCUAAACUGCAGAAAUGGUGCAGAAGUCGACGCUGCCAACUUUGGAGACUACUACUUCUACCUUUCAUACCUAUCCUGGCACUUAUUGUUCAGACCACACUUUCUCUGAAGAGUAGCAUUACUAACGGCAGAGAUGUGGCUGAUGUUGAAGAACAGGUAAGCAGAGCUACAGAAUUAGGCAAGCUAGUGACGAGACUGCAGCAAGAACGAUCCGAAGUGGCUUUCUUUAUAUUUACCAAUGGCAGCACUUUGAGAUCAAAUUUAUCGCAACGUUUCGCGGGGACCAACAGAGCUAUAGACCAAAUGGGGUCCUUACCGAUGCUGGUCUUCAAGAACAGGUCGAAACCUGUCGAUGGUGACGCUUUUAGAGUUGAGCUUGAAGAGUUAAGAGCUGGUAUAAACGCUGGUACAUCUAUGACUGAAGCUGUCGAGUGGUAUACCAAUGCAAAUGCUGCCUUGCUCAGCCAUCUCACCAAGGAGAUCAAGGAUACAGACAGCAGCACUAUAUGGAGGUAUCUCGUUGGUUUCAAGAACCUAUUACGCAGCAUCGAAUGCAAAGGAAUCGGCUCUGUACUGGGCAUCAACUACUUCGCUAGAGGGUACCUACAACCCCGAGCUUAUGAACGGUAUAUAGCUCAUAUGGUCUUGGGGCGUGAUUUGCUGGACAAUACUUUGAACUUGGUCCCAUCGCUGAUACCCCUGCAUAAGGAUAUCAAAGAAGACAGCUUUGAGUAUCAGGAUCUAGAGAAAAAAAACCAGCAGAUUGUGGAUAACAAACACCAGGAUGGGAGCGUAGCUGACGCGAUCGAGUAUUUCGACCAGACUGCUACCUUUCUCGACAAACUACGGGCGGUACAGAAGCAAUUAAGAGAAUAUAUAAGGUAA